AUGUUUCGGACACCGCUUCUCGUGCCAGCAUUCAUGCUGGCGUUGACUUCCCUACUAGUCAACGGCCAAUCCAGCGACGCUCUGGGCGUAGGCAAUGGCUUCCUCGAUUUCAAAGCCGGCCAGUUCACCGGCCAACUCGUCAAAGACUCCCAAACCCUCGCCUCCCUUAAGCCCGGAUCCGACUUUGACUUUUUGCCCUCGGAUCUGCUUGCGAACCUGACCUUGAAUAGUGCCCACCAUAUCGGAGACGUCUCUUUUCGCUUCAGGCUCGGCAGCGUCGGUAACUGGACAACCGUCGACUCCGCCGCCGCCAGGAAACCCGUCAAGGCCCUCAAUGACCUCGCCCCAGGCGUCAUCGCAGCAGCGGACCUCGCCGCAACGCUGCCCGCCGGUGUGCCCUUGACUGUGACACGCGAAUGGCUGCCCCUCGGCGACGGCCUCGCUCUUAGAAUCAACCUGACAAACACCGCUAACGGCACCGUCGAGCUCGGGGCCCUGGGUCUCCCCGUCGCCAUCAACAACAUCUUUUCCCGUCCGUCGGCCGAGGAGACGCAGGCAAAAUGUUCCCUCGCGGAUCCCUACAUAGGACUUGACGCCGGAUACGUCCGGGUGUCCCCCAUAAAGGGCCUUGGCGACGCCCUCGUCGUCGCGCCGCUCGGCUCGAGCCCGCUCGAGGCGUGGAGGCUCCUCGCCGAGCCGACGGGCGAUUUCUCCUACCAAUCGCAGACCUACGAGGGUACCUAUGAGUGGAUGAUUCACUCGCAGGCAUGGGCUGACAACGAGUGGAAGAGUGCCACGCCUUGGAACACGCCCACGUCAAAGACGUUGAAGGCUAGGGAGACGUACUCUGUCGGACUCAAAUUCGUCGCCGCGGAGAGUAUCCAGACUAUCGAGGACGCGGUCACGAAGGCGGAUAUCCCCCUCGCCGUGGGCAUUCCCGGCUAUGUCGUCCCCGCCGAUCUUACAGCCAGGCUCUACCUCACGCAUCCUUCUCCCGUGAAGACCAUUGACAGCCAGGAUUCCUUCACUAUCAAGCAGGACACCACCGCCAAGGGCUCGCCCUACCUCCUCACGCCGACCGCGGGCGCCUGGGGCCGGGCCAAGCUGACCAUCACCUACGAGGACGGAAAGACGCAGGUCGUGCAGUACUACAUCACCAAGCCCGCGCCAGAUACAGUCUCGGAUCUGGGCCACUUCCUCACCACCGCCGCCCACUUCACCAACGCCUCCGACCCCUUUGGCCGCGCGCCCUCCAUCAUGGGCUACGACAAGGAAGCCAACGCCAUUGUCACCCAGGACGCACGCGUCUGGAUCGCGGGCCUAAGCGACGAGGGCGGCACCGGCGCCUACGUCGCCGCCGCCACAAAGCUCUUCGUCCAGCCCGUCGAGGCCGAGGUCGCGGUCGUGGACGAAUUCAUCCACGACACCAUCGUCGGUACGGUUCAGCCGGCCAACGACACCUUCGCCGUGCGCGCGAGCACCUUCUUCUACCAGCCGGACGCCGUCGACUACGCCUACGACUCGGCCCGCGUCUGGACGUCCUGGACGUCGUGGAACAAGGAGAGAGCGUACACCACCGUCCGCGCAUACAAUUACGUCCACCCUGUCGUGGCGUAUUGGUCGAUGUACCGCGUGGCGAGGGACUACCCUCAGGUCAAGACCCGUGCUGAUUGGAGCUGGUAUCUGAACCAGGCGUACCACACGGUCCAGCACUGCCUCAAGAACGGUGCCAAGGACUGCGACUACGGGUUGACCGGGUUGAUGGGCGAGACGGUGUUCGCGGAGCUGCUCGAGGACCUCAAGAGGGAGAACAUGACGAAGAAGGCUGCCUCUUUCGAGGCCAACAUGCGUUACCGCGCCGAGUUCUGGGAGACGCUGGCCGUGCCGUUUGGAAGCGAGAUGGCGUACUUUGGCCACAACAACACCGCCAUCAAAGCCAUCAACAGCAUCAGAGGCUACAUGCCCACCGUCGCGCACUGGGGCUGGAACGGCAACGCCCGACGAUACUGGGACUUCCUCUACGGCGCCAAGCAUGAGGGCAUCGAGCGCCAGGUGCACCACUACGGCUCCGGCCUCAACUCGCUGCCCAUGCUGCACUACUACGAGCGGAACCCCUCCGAUUUCGACGCUAUCCGCGUCGCCUUUGCCGGGAACACGGCGCCCUUGACGAACAUUGACGGCGACGGCUGCCCCUCGGCGGCGUUUCACUCUUUCCCCCAGCACCUCGCGUGGGACCCGUACACUGGUGACUACGGCCUCGGGUUCCUGGGGCUGGGUCUAGGUCAGGCGGUGUACAUCAUCAACCACGAGACGUACGGCGCGGUCGUCUUUGGCGGCAACGUGGUGGCGUCGACUGAGACUACCCUGGUUGCUGAGCCUCGCGACGCGGUGCGGCGGCGGGUGUUUGUUGCUGAUUUGGGGCUCAAGGUAGUGCUCAGCGCCGGUGCGAUUCAGACUGUCACGUACGACCAGCAAGGCCCGACGGUCAAGCUGAGCGUGAGGCCUGCGGCUUCUGAGGCGGCGCUCAAGGCCACCUCGACUAUUGUUUGGCUGCAGACGACUGUUGGAGAGGUCAAGUUUACGGUGUCGGGAGCUGGCGAGUCGCGGGGAGGAUAUCUCGUUGACUUGUCUGGCGGACAAGCUGAGGUUACCAUCUCCAAAGCGUGA